AUGGAGCACCAGGCUUUCAACCCACCUGCCCAGCCUCACCCUGAGCCUCCCACACAACCACAGGCUACCUUUCUGCCCACACAACCCCUAAACCCCUCGCUCACGGCCAGCAGCACUCCCGUCGCGUCCCCGGGCCUCUUCAGUCCGUCCAACCCCCGCACCACCAUGUCUCUGCCGCCCUCGCAGUCCGUCUCCGAGGGCACGACGCCUGCCGCACUCAACAGCCCCUUUCUACAUCCCCUACAGAAUCACAGAGUUAGAGAGACACAUGUCGCAAAUAUCGAUAGAGACUUCACCACCGGCCGCAAGAUCAUCAACCAUUACGAGGUUAUCGAGGAAAUCGGCCGCGGUGUUCAUGGCAAAGUGAAGUUGGCCCGCGACCUCGAUGUCGGCCAAAAUGUUGCCAUCAAGAUCGUCCCACGCUUCUCCAGAAAACGUCGCCUCGGAAGGAUCACUCAGAAUGUAUCGCCCUUCGAGAAGUCCAAGAGGGAGAUCGCCAUCCUCAAGAAAAUCAGACAUCCCAACGUGGUGGCCUUGCUGGAAGUCAUCGACGACCCCGACUACAGGAAGAUCUACCUCUGCCUCGAGCACGUCGAAUGCGGCGAGGUCAUAUGGAGGAAGAAGGGCCUCCCGAACAUAUGUGCUUUUGAACGCCGGCGCAUCGAAAGGGAGAUGAGGGGCGAGACGCUCACAGAAGAGGAGGAGCAGCAUCUACUCGACUUGGAACGAAGGUUCAAUGUCAAGGAGAUGAAACGCGCCCACCUUGCCGAGAAGACUGGCACCCACGUCGACCCUUGGAGUUUGGAACUAGGUCAAGACGAGUCCGAACCAAGAUCGGGGCCCUCCGAGGCGGAUCUUGCCCGGCAUAUGCCUACUUCCCGGAGGUCACACUCACCGGCCUCCCGGGGAUCUGCACCUUCUUCACACGCCCCGUCGAGAACGCAGUCGGUUCGGUCAAUGUCUGCAGCCGCGUCCGAAGGGGCCCCCACCUCCAAUGAAGAUGACAUGGAAACGCCAGGGCCACUCCACUCAAAUCCUGGGUCAUCCAGCGCGCUUGCCGGAACAAUGUACGGGGCUUAUGACGACCUGGGAUUCAGAGAGCGUUCUCCUAGUAUGGCUGACUCCAUCAUAUCACACAUGUCUUCUAUCGACUUCAACCCGCAACCCCAUGACCCGUUCGCCGACGACUUCUCAUACGUUCCUUGCUUCACUAUCGAGGAGGCGCGGAAUGCUUUCCGCGACGUCGUCCUUGGUCUUGAGUACUUGCACUAUCAGGGGAUUGUCCACCGUGACAUCAAACCGGCAAAUUUGCUCUGGACUCGGGAUCAUCGUGUCAAGAUUUCGGAUUUCGGCGUGUCUUAUUUUGGCAGGCCGAUGCGAGAUGGCGAACCCGAUGAUACCGUCUCCGAAUCAGAAGCACAAGACUUCGACGACGAGUACGAGCUGUCCAAGACUGUCGGAACACCCGCUUUCUUCGCCCCCGAAUUGUGCUACACCGACCUCGAUAGCACCCCGCCUCCCAAGGUUACCGAACAGAUCGACGUUUGGUCUCUUGGUGUCACACUCUACUGUAUGAUAUUUGCUCGAAUUCCGUUUCUGGCCGAGGACGAGUUCCAAAUGUUUCGGAAAAUCGCAACCGAGGAGAUCUAUAUCCCCACGAGGCGGUUGAGGCCUGUUGAUCCAUCCACGUCCCCGGACACGUCUUCGCUCUACAAGCGGGUCAACAGUGCUCCAUACCGGGAUGACCACCAACUCUUGUAUGAGGAUGUCGACGAGACGUUACGGCAACUUCUGGGACAGAUGCUCAUCAAGGACCCAAGGCAGCGCAUCACACUUAGAGGGGUGAAGUACCAUCCCUGGGUACUUUCCAACUUGCCGAAUAUUAUGGGCUGGAUCGACGACACGGAUCCACAGAGACAGACUCAAGGCACCAAAAUCAAGGUCAACGAGAAGGAGGUGGAUGACGCCGUCGUGCCUCUCACACUACUAGAGCGAGCCAGGUCUACGCUCAAAAAGACACUUACCAAAUUGACCAGCCGGUCGGUGGAACGCGCCGAGGGAGCCUCUCGGCGAAGGGCUACCAGCAGUGCUGCCAGCUCGGCCGGUGAUAGUCCCGCACACACGCCCAUUACAAACCACAUUCGCGAUUCACGCAGGAAGAGCUUACGAGGGGACGGUGACUACUUCGCUACCAUUAGAGAUCAUUCCCAUACGCAUAGCGAGCACCCCCUGACCUACAGCGUAACGGCCAGUCCGGAAGAAGACCCACCAUUGGAGACGGAACCAACCUCGCGACAGCCGGGAGCGGUAGGCGGCCACCCAUUGCAUCAACUUCCUGAAAUUGCCACGAAUUUUAAUGGCAGACAAGACAUCACAGACCACCAGACACCGACCUCGGCUCAGAUGGAACUCCCGCGCCACAGGCACUCGCGAUCGAUCUCGAAUGCUGUGUUAAGCCUGCACAGCGACUAUGCUGAGGCCCGCACUGCACCAGCCACCCCUUCUGUUGAUGACCCCGUGGAUGCCUCAAGCGGUCUACGCAGAAAGGGUAGAGGUGCGACGCCCUCCGACGACUCAACAAGGUCCCAAUCAGUCGACAGAGCCCUGGUCUUCUCGAGCCCCGACAAGCGAGCCGAAGCACAGGUCGGUGUGAGCUCUUUCAUUGCACCGGGAAGCCUGGAGCAGCCCAAGAAGCUUUCACAGAUGCGGUCCUUGGACCUUGGCCGGGCUUUUGGAGACAGCCCGCUGCCUUCUCCUCAAUUCUUCUCCAACACCAUUUCGUCGUAUCAGUACGGCCAACACAGAUCGGAUCCCAUGCUGGAUAAGUUUCGGACGGUCGUCAAGAUUGAGGACAGGCCGAUGACGGCACACCGAGUCCAGGACAUACCCGAAGGCAAGACGCCACCCCCAAGACAGUACGGUUCCUCGACUCCUGAAUCGUUUGCUCGGGCUCAAGAGACCCUGCGUCGACGUCAAAGGCUUGAGAUCGAGGAGGAUUCACGUCGGCAAGACGCGCUGCAACCCCCUGCCGAGCUUGACGCGGCUCGUGUCCCUUGUCCUCCUUCUCCAGAUGAUGACGAUUCCGGCAGCAACGGGGCGCCGUCGCGGGGGGAGACGUUUAGUACAACGUUUUCAUCGAAAUGCAACUCCCGCGAAGCAAUUGCCACGCCGUGGACCAGCCCGAGCGUGGUCACGAGUCCAGUGAGCUAUACCACGUCUGCAUCGCAGAAGGAUCUAAGGGAGACCGUCACGGAGCAAAUGCUUGCAUUCCAGUCUGACCCUUCGCUGCCAGCACUGCUCAGCGGGGCGUCAUCAGUGUCUGCGGAUCCUGAGGGUGACUUUCUCGGCAACCCUGGCGAGCCCAAGACUGUUAGCCGACGCGCUGUUCUCGAAACAACGGACUCGGUGACGCCACCAGCUCUGGCAAAGGAGCCCGUCACCGGAUUCCCUCUGGAGGCCACGGAACUCGAUGAGCGCAGCGAGACCGUGAUCGUUGAUGACCACGAGCCCGAAUCUGUUGGGAACUCGACACCAACCCCGCCUGCACGCAUUGAUGAUGAUGAUGACGAUGACAGCGACAGCGAUGACGGGAUUCUUAUGAUGGGCCAUCGGUCCAAGAAGUCAAACGCUACCAAAGGGUCUCCCAAUUCCAUGGGCAAAACUAUCUUCCGGUCGCAAAGGCGCAAUACCAAUGCGUCUGUGGGUAGCACCGACACGGCCAAGAAAUUGUUCGCUCCGGGCGAGUAA